CUGGUGGCUGCGGAUGAAGUAUCGAUUGCUACCUGCGUGGGAGCCUCAUUCGUCUCGGCCAUCGAAACAAGCGGCCCUUCUUUGCGCUCCUUCGACUCUAACCGCUCUCGCCAAGUACUCUCAUCGCUGAACCGUCGCUUUGCUAGAGGAGACGGGUUAAAGGAGACCUUAAGAACCUGUAAGAUAUCCCAAUAUAGCGUUCGCGCGACACUCCUCUUCGCUCUCUCUACCCUGGUGAGGAGUAUUUUGUCGUUAUUAGAUACGAGACUGAGUACUUUUGGCACCAAAAUAGGCGCUUACGGGAGCCUUAACUAUCGUAUACCAGACCUAGCCGAUCCAGACCCUCUUCGCUAUGCAAUACUGGCAUGUAUUGCUGAGGCCUUAGUACUAGCGCUAAACUGGCGUCUGAGUCUUAGUAUGCGUAGAAACGGAAACCACAUUCAUCACCAGCAUGGAAGUGACCCUUACCCACCUUAUAACCCUUUACUAAUGCCAUCCUGGACGAGAGAUGUGCCAGCUGUACCUACUAGCUACCUCCGCUUAACAAUGCCAGAGAGCAAACUGGACUUCGAAGGUCGGUUAGUCCUUAUAGACGAAGGGAAGAGUGAGAUAUUUCGAAAGAGAAAUAUCAUUGCGUCAGAAUAUAGAUUCUAUACUAUCUAA